GCGGAGCUGCCGGGAUGAGCUCCGAGGCCGAAGCGGGGGCCGAAGCCGACGGGGAGGCGGAGGGGGCGGGCGGCGGGGCCGCCUCGCGGGGCAGGGCCCCCAACAUCGCCUCCGAGGACCCCCAGGAGCGCAUCGCCGCCCGCCGCAUCCGCAUCGCCGCCCGCCUGGAGUCCAAGCGCAGGGAGGCCCUCGGUGAAGACCCAGACGCAAAGAAGCUGGUGGAGGAAGAACAGAGCAGGAGCCACAAACAGAUAGAGGACAGCAGACAGAGACUGGCCAAGCUGCUCCUUGAUGGCACACAGCUGGUGACAAACAUCCAAGUGGCAGCUGAUUCUCGGGAGACCCAGAGACGGUCAGAGGAAGAGGAGCUGACUAGGCAGAGGAUUGAGAAGUUGGAGAAUGAAGCCAAGGCCAACCAGGACAAGUUUGAUGAGAUCACCUCCAAGUGGACUGCUGCCAAGGAGAAGACUGUCCCCCAGGAGCUCUGGGAGGGGCUCAACCAGCAGCAGCUGCUCUGUGCAACGUUGAUUGAGGAGAAGAACAAGCUCAUCAGCGAGUUGCAGCAGGAGCUGAAGAGCAAAGAUGACCAGUACGUGAAGGAUCUCCGGAAGCAGACGGAGGACAUCAACCUGCUGCUGGAGCGGAUGGAGGAGCAGAUCCGAAACGUCAUGAAAAACUACCGCCGGGAGCUCCUGCAGAUCGAGAAAGCCUUUGAAUUGGAGCGCCGCGAACUCAUCACAAGCAACAAGAAGAAGUGGGAGCAAGGCAUGCAAACCCUUAACCGGCAAGAGCUGGACUUCAUGCUGGCCCGCCUGAAGAAGGUGGAAGAGUACGAGCAGGAGCUCAACCAGUUGCGGGUGCAGGAUGCCGAGGAGUACAAUGUUAUCAAGAUCAAGCUGGAGCUUGAUGUGCAGGUCCUGGAGCAGCAGCUCCAGCAAAUGAAAGCCAUCUAUCAGCUGAACCAGGAGAAGCUGGAGUACAACUUCCAGGUGCUGAAGAAGAGGGAUGAAGAGAACACCAUCAUCAAAUCCCAACAGAAGAGGAAGCUCAAUCGGUUGCACGACGUGCUCAAUAACCUGCGCCUGAAACUGGCCAAGCAGAUCAAGCAGUACCGUGAGGAGAACCUGACGCUGACAGCUGACUACAAGCGGAUUGUGGAGCAGUACAAGGACCUGCAGAGAACCAUGAGACACUUUGCCAUUGUGGACGCCGAGCACUUCCUGGACGUCUGGCUGAUGAACGAGGAGGAGGCCAAGGCGCUGAUCCGCAAAGCCCUCGACGCCGACCACAUCAUCCACGCCCAGCAGCUGGGCUUGCCCUGGGUUGAGCCUGACAGCUGGUUCCUGCACAACGUGGGGCCCAUCGUGCAUAGCAAGAAGAUGAAGUCAGCCAACGAGCUGGCCCAGGAGGUGAUGGCGUCGGAAACGAGCAAAUCGCCCCAGGAGUUCCCCAUGCCCGAGGGCAGCCCGCAAGAAGAGAAGGAAGGAAGCCCAGAGGAGGGCUGCCAGGAGGCGGCUGAUGCUGACCCAGAGACCAAGGCGCUUUGGACCAUCUCAGCCAAGACAGUCAAGCACAUCUUGGAGCUUAUGUGUGACGAGUCGGGCUUCCUGAUUGAAAGCAAGCUGCGGGGCCUCCUCCAGCCCUUGGAGAAGCACGACCGCACCCUCAUGAAGCUGGACUCCAUCUUCACAGCUCUGUCGAUCAACAGUGAAGAUGACGUGUAUCAAAUGGUGGAGUUCUUCAUGAAUUUCAAGACUCAGCAGGUGGCCUCUGGCCAGGAUGCAGAAGCAACCUUGGCAGAUGCAGCAGCCAAAGACGCGCCUCUAGAUGCAGAGCGUCCCGAAGAGAAGGAGACCUCCGUCGUUCCACAGGUGGAGGUCAAAGGCCCCAUCCACUCAGGGGUGCCCCUCUCUGCCAUCUAUAUGCACCCAAACGACAUCCUGAAGGCCCUCAAAGCUUUUGUGCAGGCAUUCCAGGAGCCAAGGGAGAAACGCCCCCAGGUGAAGAAAGUACAUGAGGAACGGGACAACUCCAAGGACUCGGAGUACUGGGAUGCGCUGGCCCACGUCAUCCCAGACGGAAAACUGAAGCUGUGGGACGCGUUGAUUAUUGGCUUGCAGAAGUACUACCACAUUCUGACGCAGAGGGCAAAACUGAUCACAGAGACGGAUGGGCUGCACCAGCAGAAUGCGGAACUCCGGAUGCUGCUGCACCAGUAUCUCCAGUCCCCGGUUAAUGCUGAGCUGCUGAUCCCCCCCACCCACUUGCUGCAUAUGCAGAUGAAUGCCAUGUGAUGCUCCUCUUCUCCGAGAGGUGUGGGCCGGUGGUCUUCCUGGCACCCUUGUCUCCUUGCCUAAUCCGUUCGUUGGAGCCAUUUCAGCAACCCUGGCUUAACUCCGCAGAAGCAACGGUGGGAAGAAACAGGAUUAGCCUGUCAUUCCCUCAGCAGCCCUCGCGCGCUCGUUCAGCCAGCACCUCGGUGAGUAGCCUUCGACUCAGAACAAGUCACGCAGCCGUUGCCUUGCACGGCCGAGCCAACGUGCGCACGGAGGCGUUUCUGGGGAUCGGGACAGAU